AUGAACUGCAGCCUGCCAGACAGAGUGCUGCUCAGCUACUCGAUGGAUGGACAGUGGAACAGGUUGUGCCUUCAGGCUGUCUGGGACUUUGUCAAAGCAAAGGAGGCAUUGAUCAAGUCACCGUUUUUUCCAGUGGUGUUUUCUUUUACAGCAUACAUGGCUUUCUGUCUUCCAUAUAUUGCACUGGAUUUCUUAUGCAUUAGACUGCCAACCUUGAGAAAAUACAAAAUCCAGCCACAGAGCUACCCAACUCUUGGAAUGAUGGUGCCUUGCAUUAUUCAAAGCAUGUACCACCAUGCUGUUUUGAUCUUCCCGGUAACAUUUCUCCACUGGUACUGGAGACCAAUGAAUCUACCAGUUUUAGCUCCGGAGCUGCCUAAGCUCCUGCUGGACGUAGCAGUUUGUCUGUUUCUGUUUGAUUUUGAGUACUUCCUGUGGCAUUUGCUUCAUCACAAAGUGCCUUGGCUCUACAAGACCUUCCACAAGGUGCAUCACAAGCAUGUGUCAACGUUUGCUCUUACUACACAGUAUUCAAGUGUAUGGGAAUUGCUCUCACUGGGAUUUUUUGCUGCUAUCAACCCAGUGCUCCUCAGAUGCCAUCCUUUGACAGAAAUUAUUUUCUUCCUUGUAAACAUUUGGCUGUCAGUGGAGGACCAUUCAGGAUAUGAUCUUCCGUGGUCAACUCACCGACUUGUGCCUUUUGGUUUGUAUGGAGGAGCACCACAUCAUGAUCUCCAUCAUCUGAAGUUCAGGUCGAACUAUGCUCCUUAUUUCACCCAUUGGGAUAAACUCUUUGGGACAUUCACAGAGUCACAUUCUAAGUAA